AUUGAGAAUCUCCGUACAUUUAAACACCGUAAAUUCCAACUGAUGUCACUAGAUGUCACUAAGGUGUCACCGCAUAAAACUUAACUUAUUUCUGCAAUUCUUUCUUUAUUCUUUCUGACUAACCAAAUUUUUCUUUGUUUUGUGUUCAUUUUUUUUAAUUUAAUUAAAUUUAUUUUUCUCCUUUUGUUUUCUCUUUCCUAAUUCGCCAUAAAAAAUGCGCAUUCCUUCAUUUUAUUCCUCCCAUUGGUCCCACACCCACAAUUUACAGAGUUCCAUAUCCGAGGAGAGCCGAGACGCUUACAAUCGAUUGGUGGAGAAAACAUCAUCGCAAACAAUGGGCCGUUACGAUUAUGACAAGAACAAAUUGGACAGCCUGGAUCAUUUUCACGACGUGGUAGAUGUUAAACUAUCUUCAACAACCUUACCAACGCAAAAUCCCACGUUUAAGCAUCGACACUCAGUGGAAUUGAAACAGGCGACUGAAUUUAGCGUUCCGACGCAUCCGGCACCGAGGCCUACAACUCUACCAUGGAGAAACUCAACCGGUGGCGAUAAACGAAGUCCAGAUGUGGAUUCGAAUCCGUUGCGAAUUUUGCGAGACAAAAACUAUCCGAUAAUUCGACCGCGUACCAAAGUCAAUUCAACGAACGAUGACGCGGCGAACAGAGAUUCGAUUAACAAUGACGCCAUGUGUGAAAGUCCCAGUUACCUCACUCAGCCAGAGUAUUCGUUUUCCGAGAAAGACAUCAACCUUCACCGAAGUAGCGUUCAGAAGCAAAUUGCCAUCAAAGAAAUAGAAAAUUUCAAUCCAACACCGCUACCACCACCAAAAGAUCGAAGCAAAAUUCUACAAACGAAUGUAAAGCGUCACGUGCGAAAGCAUCCAUUGAUCAUACAUGGAACAGUUUUACAGCGUCAGCUAAAUAAAGUGAAAACGCCAGUUGAGGAAAAGACCCCGCCAUUCCCGUUGUCAUCCAAUUCGAAUUACAACACUAACUCAACAAAGCACGCAGAGGUGUCAAAAUUAAGAGGAUUCGACCAUUCCUACGUGAACCAGGAAGAUCUGGAUGGAACCAAUGAUAAGUAUUACUAUACUAAGAAGUGCACCGACUACAGCCGAUCCUAUGCAAACAUUACCACGUUGAGCUGUGAGGUUGACUGUACCGAUUCAGCGUCAUUAGAUUUUGAAUCAAUACUUGAGAGUGAUGUGAACAAAAUUGAUGAGAUGUCAUCACCGGAAGUGGUAAAUGGAUUUGUCUUUGACAUUCAAAAGGAUCAUGUUGAUGAUGGCUUGGUUGACGGGAGAAAUUUGGACCGAAAGAAGUUUGAAUUCUCUCGGAAGCAUCCGAAAAACGACCAACCGAAGAAUGAACUGGCAGACAAUGCUCUAUUCAAUAAGAUAAAGGAUCAGGUGGAGGCGACGAUCAAUGUUGACGACGAUGUCGAUGUGGCCGUUCGUAGCGGCAGUAAAGGAAUUGAUACCGUCGAUUCGGCGAAAGAAUGGCGAGCUGAUGAAAGUCUUUCGGAAGGAAAUUUAAACGAUACGAAUGCAGUCAGCUGUGAAGACCUGCUGGAAUUGUCGGAUAAAAAACCGAAAGGCCGUGAACGAGGUUUGGAAUCAGACGAAGUCCGUAUCAUGACGAAGGUUUUGGGAGCGGUGGCAUCAGCUGAUCAGUUCAUUAUUGCCUUAAACUUUAUCGACUGGGAUGUUCACAAAGCCAUCAAGAUAAUGAUGUUACAGAAAACAUUAGCCGAUUUCAAUUUGACAAUGGAACGAUGUGUCGAAGCUCUACAACAACACGAUUGGGAUCUGCAAAUGACCUCGUUGAAACUUAAAGGAUUGUAAAAAAGAAAAAGUAUCAGAGCAGCUGGAUCAUUCAGUCCCAGAAAAAUGAAAAGUCACCCGUUCAACGUUUAUAAUCCAAUUUGUUCCACAUGCGAUAUCCACAUUAUUAAGCAUAUAUUUGUGUAUGAUAACGUGAAUAUCGAAUGUGGAACAAGUUGGAUUGUAAACGUUCAACAGGUGACUUCUCAUUUUUCUGGGACUGCACUAGGAAUUUAAAAUAACGCAGCUGCAACAAGAACUAGGUAUUAAAAGCUAUACAGCUAUAGUUGUAACUGUUUCUAGAUUUUCCACUUUAGUGUUUAAGCAAUUUUUAUAUUCGAUGCAACGUCAAUAAAAACUUAAAUU